AUGAUCAUGUCCAGCAAUGAACAUAAACACGAACAGGAAGAACUCAAUUCUACAACACGUUUACCAUCACCCAUUCGGAAAUCGGUGUCAAAAUAUGUUAAAUGUGGACUAUCACAUACACAAAUUAAGUCAUCAUUAGUUCAAGAUCAUCCAAAUGCUCCCAUCACGGAAACCAAGUUAACUAAUUUAGUAUCGUACGAAAGUCGAAAGGAUAGACCAGAGAUUUUUUCAGUUUUCGAUUUACGAAACUGGUGUGACGAACAUAAUGAAGACAUAAACAAUAUUUUCGUAUUCUUUACCACAAAACAAUUAUUCCAGCAGAUUCGGCCCACAACAUAUCUCCAAGUUGAUGCAACGUACAAAACUACGUGGAAUGAAUUGCCACUUUUGGUUUUUGGAUCAACGGAUGCCACUCGUCAUUUCAAGCCGUUUGGUGUAGCAUUAAUUUCUCAUGAUGAGAAUGCCAAAUGUUAUAACCAAUUAUUUACAUCAAUUAAUGCGUUAGCUGCGCAAGAGUUCAAUCAACCAUGUUUAAUUGAUCACGUGAUGGCCGAUGGAGCAUUAGGUAUUACAAGUUCUCAGACAGUGUUUCCACACAGUCCUCGUAUGAUGUGCUGGUUCCACAUGAUCCAAAAAUGCAGAUUACAUCGUAAUUUAGUCACAAAAGAACAGUGGUGGAUAACAAAAUUACCCUGUUGGUACGAGGAUGCUGCAUUUGGUAAACCGUCCACGAAUAAUGGCUGCUAA